CUUCCCCACAUGCUCGCCCUCCAAGCAGCCCGGACGGCCGGGUCAGCGGGCGCGCGCCGGGCUCUAUCAACCGACGCGCGCCCCUGGCGCACGGUCGUCGGUUUGGAGAUGCAUGCGCAGCUAGGCGGCGGCAUCAAGCUAUUCUCUCAGCCCACAGGGCAGGAAGUUGGCGGCUCCGGGGAGCCGGUGCGGCCGCGUGGCGACUCGCUGCGUGGUUUCUCGGCGGCCGUGGCGGCCGCAGCCGGCAACGGCGAUGGGCCACGCACGGCGACCAUCGUGGCCACCGCCUCGGCCGCGCCCAACACCCAUGUGGCCGCUUGCGACCUGGGCAUGCCUGGCGCCCUGCCGGUUCCCAAUCCGCUGGCCGUGCGGUUGGCCUUGCGGCUGGGUUGCGCCCUGGGGGGCCACCCCUUCCCCGCGCCGGGGGCCUCCCUGCAGGCGGCCCCUUGCGGGACUCCGGUGCCGGAGCACACCCUGCUCACCUUCGACCGGAAGCAUUACGCCUAUCGGGAUUCGGCCCUCGGGUACCAGAUCACGCAACUCCGGGCGCCGAUCAUCCUCGGUGGCCGGGUGCCGGUGGAUGAGCCCGGCCUGCCGGCAACCGCUUCCGCCCCCGGGCACGAGGUGGACAUUCAGCACAUCCAACUGGAGCAGGACACGGCCAAGUCGCUGUUCGGCCUGUCGGCGGACCUGCUGCGGCCGGCCGGCGGGGCCUCGGCCAGCCCGGCGGCAAUGCCGGCGUCUGCCCCUGCCGGCAGCCGGUCGGUCAUGAUGGACUGGAACCGCGCCGGGGUGGCCCUGGUGGAGAUCGUUACUCGGCCGAAUGUGCGCGAUGCGCUGGACGCCGUGGCCGUGGUCCGGCACAUCCAGUCCGUCAUCCGGACUUGUGGCGUGGGCAGUGCCAACCUCGAGGAUGGGUCCCUCCGGUGCGAUGUCAAUAUCUCCGUGCACCGGGAGGGCGACCCGCUGGGGACGCGCGUGGAGAUCAAGAAUCUCAAUUCCCUGCGAUCGAUCGCCGGCUCGAUCAACUUUGAGGUUGCCCGACAGGUGGCCCUCCUGGAGUCCGGGGGGACGGUGGCCCAGGAGACGCGGUCCUGGCGCGCGGCGGCCACCGUGCCUUCGGACUAUCUGACUGGCCUGCCCGCGGCCCUUGCCAAGAGCAGCCACGUCACCGUUCCCCUGCGAUCGAAGGACUCGGCCAAGGAUUACCGCUUCAUCCCCGAGGUGAAUGUGGCCCCGCUGCUGAUCCCGGCGGCCGUGGUGCACCAGGAGCUGCGCCACAUCGGCGAGCUGCCGCAUGCCACGGUCAUCCGGCUGUCCGGCCCCGGGGCUGGCAUCUCCCCGGCCGAGGCACGGCAUCUGAUGACCUUCGGCCACCCGGCGGUGGAGCUCUUUGAGCGGUGCUUGGCUGGCGGGGGCCCUGUGGCCCCGGACCUGCCGCGGCUGAUCUACAACAUCAUUACAUCCGAGAUCCUGGGCCAGCUGAGUGCCACCUCGACGUCGGGGCUCGGCACCCGGGGUGACACCCCGGCCGCGGCCCCCUCCACCUACGGGGAGGAUGGCGACGCCUCGUACUCCAUCAUCACCGGGGCCGGCGGCGACGGUGCCGGCCCCACCGGGGAGGAUGGCGAUCUGCCGGCCGGGCCCCUCCAUGGCCCGCUGGGCAGCCUGGCCCUGGAGCCGCUGGCAUUGCACCUGCGUGCCCUGGCGGACCUGCGUCUGGCCGGACGCAUCAACAGCCCUUCGCUCAAGCGCCUGGUGAGCAUCAUGCUGCGGCACGCGUUGCAGUGGCGCGUGGCGGCCGGGGCCGGGGCCGGGGCGGGCGCCGCCCCGCCGGCACUUGUCGGGCUGCUGGAGGCCGAUCGCCUGCUGGCAGCCAUGGCCGCUGGCGAUGGGGCGCGCCCUCUGCCGCGCGCGGCCCCGGAGCCUGGCGAUGCGCCGGGGGGCAGCCCCGGGGCGGGGAAGCCGGCCGAGGACGGCCCCGAGGAGGCGGCCUCCCGUUCGGGAUACCACCCGGCGGUCGUGACCCGGGGCCAGGCGGCGCUGGUGGCCCGGGUGGCCCAGCUCCGGGCCCGGUCCGGCGCGACGCUCCCCAUGCCGUCCGAUGCGCUGGAGGGGGCCGCGGCGCCGGUGGUCGCGGCGGCGGCGGCGGCAUCGGCCCCCGGCGGCCACAGCGAGGCCAUCCUCCUGCGCGGGGUCCCGCUGUUGGAUCUGGACCAGCUGGCCGGGCAGCUGGGGCUGCUGGUGGUUCGCGAUGAAGGGGCCCUCCAACAGGCCGUGGCGGCUGUGCUGGCCGCGCACCCGGACACGGUGGCCGAUUCGCGCCGGCGCUAUGCCGAGUACCUGGCUCUGGAGCAAGCUCGGGAGGCGGCGGCGGCGGCGAAGGCCGGCCCCGGCGGCGGCACUUCCCCCCCCCGUAAGCCAUACCGCUGUCGUCUGGAGGCCUGGCUUGUGGGCCAGGUGAUGAAGCAGCUGGCCGGCCGAGCUGACUCGGCCGAGGUCUCGCGGUGCAUCCACCAGGGGAUCUGGCCUGAGGGCCGAGCCUGAGGCCGGGUGCCGGGCGCCGGGCGCCGGGACCAGCCGGCGGCAGCGGCGGUGGCGGCCAUCGUGCUCCCGCCUUUUUUCGGCGCCCUCUCUCGUGUGGUUCUUCGGAGCGCCCGAUAAUGCCAUUCUGAUAGACGAUUGUAGACAAGCCC